AUGGGUAAAUCAAACAAGAUUCUCCUCUGUGGAUGUUCUGGAGUUGGAAAAACAGCAAUUCUGGAGCAGCUUCUUUAUGGCAGUCAUAUUAUAGAAUCUCCAACUCACCAUACAAUGGAAGAUAUUUACACGGCUGUUGUAGAAACUGAUCGAGGGGUUAAGGAAAAAGUCAGAAUAUUUGACAUUGGUUUAAAUGAUGGAAAUGAUUCUGAUCUUCCAAAGCACUAUCUGAAUUUCCCUGACGGGUACAUUCUUGUAUAUGAUAUCACAAGCUUUGACUCAUUCAAGAAGCUGGACAGACUAAAGAAAGAAAUUGACAAGCAUAAAGAUAAAAGAGAGGGACAUGUGAUCCUUAUUGGCAACAAGAGUGAACUGAAUGAAAGAAGAGAGGUUCAGUUUGAAACUGCUAUGGCAUGGGCAGGGAAGGAGAAAAUGAGACUUUGGGAAGUAUCUGUGGCAAACAGAAAAUCUUUGGUGGAGCCUUUUGUGUGGUUGACAUCUAAAAUAACACAACCAACAGGCAAAAGCAAUUUUCUGCCUGGGCGGAAAACAAAGUCUUCCAGCAGCAGCAACCUUGAUAAGAGUUAA